AUGGCACAGAAGAGCAAUCUCAAGACCCUUGGUCGUCCUUCAGGGUCACUGAAUGCACCUAUCGCGGCUUUCACCAUGGCUAUCAUUCUCUGUGGCUACUGCAUCAGUUCGAUCCGCACAGCCAGACAUGAAGCACAAAUACAACCGCCAGUAAGCUCGAGUUCACGACAAGCUGAGAGGAAAGACGCUUCAUGGAUUCAGCAGGCACUGCAGGAGAGUCAAGCAGAACGAGAGAGUAGUAAAGGCGGGAAGUCUACCUAA